CCGGUUGAUCAUCCUAGCGGAUCAGUUCCAGCAGAGGCUUCGUACGAAGUGGAUCGUGUUGAUUGUUUGUUGUAGUUUUGUUUUAAUCAUGAAGUUCUUAGCAGCUGCAUUGCUGCUUCCCUUGCUGGUGGCUUUACAACAGGUGAGCUUUGCGGAAGCCGCUGGAAAUGAGAUCGAGGCGCCGCUGAAUCGUAACAAGUUGGCACUGCUACCGAAGGAGUGCGGCGUUUCAAAGCUGGGUAAAUCAAGUAAAAGUACCAAGAGUUUGCCCUUCGAGUAUCCCUGGAUGGCGCUGGUGCGGUACAACCAAACGAGACGUCCGGCUACCUGUCUGGGGACGCUGAUCAACCGACGCUACGUUCUCUCUGUUAUCGGCUGCAUGAAGAAGACCAAACGUGAUCCUGAUUAUGUUCGGUUGGGAGAACAGGCGGAGGCGACACAGGAGGACUGUAACGUCUUGCAGAAUCCGAAAACUGGUUAUGAGGUAAAGGACUGUGCUGGGCCAGUAUUGGAUAUUGCGAUCGAGUCCAUCGUCAGUCAUCCCGAUUUCGACGAGCCGAUGUACACAAAUGACCUCGCGCUGGUGCGGAUGGUUCGCGAAGUGGAGUACAAUGACUACAUCCGACCGGUUUGUCUACCCACGACGCCAGAACUGUUGACUAACAUUCCUCGCUUCAUGGUUAUGCCCGCCUGGGAGCUGGAUAUGAACGCUCCCAACCAUUAUGUGGGCGAUCUGCAGAAGUACUUCGUAGAGAAUACCGAUCUGGACACCUGUCAGCGUCGGUUCGAGCAGGUUGGCUUCGCGCCGGACUUCGAGGACGAUCGGUUUUGUGCCCAGCAGUUGGGACCGAAUUAUGUGUGCAGUCGCGUUGCCGGGGCACCCAUCGGAACCGAGGUGGACAUCGAUGGUACCCCGCGGUUUGUCGAGUUUGCUAUGGCUAAGUUUUCACCGCUGAAUUGCACGCUUCGUGAAACCGUGCCGAUGAUUGCGAUGCGUAUCACUAAGUAUAUGAAAUGGAUUACGGAUAACCUGGAAGCUUAAGUUAUAGGCAUUUAUGGUGGAAAUAAAAUUCGUAUUUGAAA